UUUUCCGACAUCUCUGGCUUUUUCCACUCCGUGCGCGUCAACACUUAAGGCUGAGGUUGUGCUUAAAGUGUUCUACCUUGCUGCGGAGAGUUUCCUCGGCAUGAGCUCCUGGAUCAUGACACAGUGGAGCUAUGGUGAUCAUCACGACUCCUUCUCCAACAUCAGGAGCAUCGUUACAGAGCAUUUUGGAUGGCACUGCCAAGAAGUCUCGAAUUGAAAUAUCAUUUUUUGUGGUAACUUCGCAGGCCAUAGCUAGAUUAAAAACACGCUGCUUCCUUGUAAUUUUUCCCUCACGCCCCUCAUCUUCUGGCUUCUCCAGUCCACUCUAGCUUUCUCUCCCUACUAAUUUCCAGGUACCAAUUGAAAUCUCUCGUUAAUUCACUGCUCAGAAAUGGAAUGCACGACAGUCGACAUCCACAGUACAUUCGGCGCUGGCUUCAUAGGAGCGAUGGUCUCUACGAUCCUAUAUGGCAUUACCACUCUACAGACAUACUUGUACUUCAUACAUUAUCCGAAGGAUAGCCCUUAUACCAAAGCACUCGUAGCAGUCAUUUGGGUCUUGGAUACGACACACAUCACGUUCAUGUGCCAUUGCAUGUAUUAUUAUCUUAUAACAAAUUAUUCUCAACCCUCCGCACUUGCUCAAGGCAUCUGGUCUUUGGACAUGUCCAUGGCAGUGAAUCUUCUGAUAGCAGUACUGGUGCAGACGUACUUUGCGUUGCUUAUAUUUCGAUUGAGUAGCAUGAGGGUACGGUGGUGGAUAACAUCAAUCAUUAUGCUCUUUGUAGUGGCUCACUUUGCUUUUGGACUAGAGACGGUUGCUCUCAUGUACAUCGGGAAAGACUUCACUGCGCUUCGUCAGAUGAUACUUAUAGCAGCUAUGCCGUUCGCAUUAUUUGCUGUCUUGUCUGAUUUAUGUAUUACAGCCGCUUUAUGCAUUUUGCUUUACGGGAGGAGAGGUAUAUUCAGAAGAACUCAUGCCAUUGUCGACACACUUAUAGUCUAUGCCAUCAAUCGAUGUCUCCUCACUUCUGUUGUUGCCAUCGUCGAGGUCAUUAUGUUUGCCACGAGCCCAAAUAGUCUGUGGUUCAUUGCAAUAGAUUUUGUAAUUGGAAAACUUUUCGCAAAUUCGUUCCUCGCGUCGCUGAAUAGUCGGAAGACCAUUCGUGGCCGUGGUCUAGACCAUGACACGGAUUCGAGUGCGAACAUCAACGCAGUCCAUCUUUCGCGUUUACGAAGGUCGGCAACUGACGAUGAAGCAGUAUUACCAGGUAGAGAGGCAUUCCCAGCAGACAAGGAUGGCAGUAAAGGUGGUAUUCUGGUUGACAAAGUAAUAGAGAUAGCGUAGAUGAUCCCGAAAGUCGCCGAUAAAGCAAGACUCACCGCCCUCAUGACGCAUAUAUUCUUCGCUAUCACAGUAGUACCCAUGUAAAUCCCAUGUAAAUGUAUCAUGAUAUGAACCUAUUUAAUUUGUCUCUUUAUAUUGAAACCAC